CCAGAAGAAAAAGUGGUUAGCAUGAUGGCGCCGAAGAAACGCGGCAGACCGCGAACUUCGACUGAAAGUGCUAAAAAACGGCAAAGAGUUGAAUCAGAAAAAAGGCGGCGGUCCCGGCUCAUAAAUAUCGGCGACCAGAGGUCACGUUGGGAAGAACUGCGGUUAAAAUUUGGACAUAUCUCACACCAAAGCUUUGCGCGAUAUCUGCUGGACAGGAUGAGUGUUAAAAAGCCAGAAAUGCACAAGGAUUCACAUCCAGUAGUCAUGGAGAAAUCUGUCCAUGAUGCCAUACAUGAAGAGUCAAAGGAACAAUCUCUACAACCUGAAAAAAGUCAAGCUGCACUUGAGGUUGAAAUUGUUGGUCUUGUAUCACUGGCGUAUCAUGAGUGUUUGAAACAACUUGCAGAAUACCUCUUGUUACCUGUCAAAAAAUGUACCACAAAAGACCCAGUGACAUCUGUUGAAUGUGGGUCAGCCGGACCAUUCAGGACCCACAUCAGUUCACAACGAUCAGCUGUCGUUAUGCAGUGGAAGUGUCCAAGGAAUCACUGUGUUUGGAACUGGAACUCAAUGGUCACAGUUAAGAAUGACUUGCAGGCUGGAAAACGGCCUCCUCAUCCUCCUGAGAGACAAGAAGCUCACUUUGCAAAUAAUCACAGACAGACUUCUCUUUGUAAGCAGGUACCACCACCUUCAGAGUGUGACCUCAGCAAACAACGCCCAUGUGAGAUUGUUGUUGAAUUGAACGACUAUGAUGGACCACCACCUCCAACACCAGAUCAUAGUUACAGCACUACUGUCACUGACACAAAGAAUGACUGGACCAGUUGCCCAGAAGAGGAGGCUGAAGGCUUUUCAUCUUCAGAAGAGGAAUUUGAUGACAGCAACGAUGAGGACUAUGUUCCACCUUUGCCUGUCAAGACUGGCGGUGCAAACAAGACCAAAAUACAUCCGGACUCACUUCCAGGAAACUCUGGGAAAGAAACUGUUCAUGUACACACAGAGUCAAAAGAACAGUCUCCAGAAGAGGUCCCCAGUAAGUCUUCCGGAGAAACCUCAGUGUUAGGACAUGAUGACGUAGAGGGCGAGGAGUCACUGUCCCAUGAGAAAUGGGAACUCACAUCUGAAGACCCAGCUAUUUCAUGCAAACCCAAGAAGAUCUUUGAGUGUCCUACCUGUGGAAGAGUGUUUUCCUCCAAGGCUGCACUGAAACGGCACUUUGUCAUUCACUCAGGACUACGACCAUUCAGGUGCUUCACAUGUGGUCAAGGAUUCACCCAGAGUGGAAACCUCAAAACGCACAUGAAAGUUCACAAAGGAGAGGCUGCGUGGUCACUUACUAAAGGCAAGAAACCUCCAGUAAAGACUCCUGUCAUAGUCAACGUGUGUGAACACUGUGAAAUGGUUUUCCCUGAGAAACAUCAGCUGGAAGAACACUGCAAGAGUCACCAACUUUACGAGUGUACUGACUGUGAAAAGACGUACAGAACUGAGAGAUCUUUGAAAGUACACAAACACAUUCACUCACAGGAUUCACUCAUUCAUUGUAGAGUGUGUGGGAAGCACUUCACUACAAAAUUCUGCCUGAAACAUCACAUGUUAACACGCCAUGCAAAAAAGAAAUUCAAGUGUGACCAGUGCGAACGGAUAUUUCUAACGUCCACUGAGCUGAAAUACCACCUUCGGUCACACACAGGAGAACGUCCUUUCCUGUGCUCAAUCUGUGGACAAGGAUUCACGUACACAACUGGUCUUAAACGCCACCUGCAAGCUCACAGAGGUGAGAAACGCUAUGCUUGUGAACAGUGUGGAAAGGGCUUCAUAUAUGCUUCAAGCUUACGGAUCCAUUUAAACAUUCACAAGAAGAAGCUCAAACAACCAACAAAGCCAUUGGGCAGACCAAAAAGACAGGUGUUAAUGACAAAUAACUUGGACACGCAAAGCGAUGAAAGUUGGAUUGGGUUGAACUUUGACUGCGGCAGCCUGAUGACAAGUGAAAUGGGCUCUGAAAAUCCAGAGGACUUUGGACCAGCUGUUAUCCUGGCUGAGGAGGAUCAGCAAGAAAUUGGAGGCCUGAUCAACUCUGACGGAGAAGAAGUGGACUUCUCGGAUCUUAGACAAAGUGUCAUCCAUGGGAUUGGAGGUGAAGUGAGUUUGUUGAAGGCAUUUGAUCAAAGUGACAUUGAAAAGCCCCAGGUUACUCAUACCUGCUCAGUGUGUGGCAAAGACUUUCCUUAUGCCUCUAAACUUCAGCGUCACCUGCGUACUCACUCAGGAGAGAGGCCUUUUCCCUGCACGAUGUGUGAGAAGAGAUUUCCAGAAAAAGGGCUCCUGUUGAUUCACGAAAGAGUCCAUACUGGGGAAAAACCAUUCCCAUGCACCUUCUGUGAGAAAAGAUUUGCCAGUCAGGGAGAGCUCAGAUUACACCGACGGACACAUACCGGCGAAAGGCCAUAUCACUGUUCAAUUUGUCCGAAGAGCUUUUCUCGUCACUGGCACCUGAAAACGCACCUUGACGCAAUGCACUCUGAGGUAGUUGCUGGCUUUACAAGGAAAAAGUUCCCGUGUUCUGACUGUGAGAAGAGCUGCAACUCUGCUGCAGAGCUGAGAGAUCAUCAGAGAACUCACACAGGAGAGAGACCGUACCAGUGCUCCUUCUGUGACAAAAGGUUUGCUUUGACUGGAACACUAGUGAGACAUGAGCGUCUACACACAGGCAUUACGCCCUACCACUGCCUUGAAUGCGGAAAAACAUUUUCACAGCAGUGGACUCUCACAACACACAUGCGAACUCACAGGGGAGAAAAACCGUACAGCUGCAAACAAUGCGACAAGUCGUUCGUCGCUCCGGGUGAGCUUCGGAGACACACCAGGAUUCACACCGGAGAAAAGCCGUACACCUGCAGCGACUGUGGCAGACACUUCUCAUUGGCAGGUACUCUCAGAAACCACAGACGGUCAUGCACGAAUAGCAAGAAUGGAUCAGUCACAGAUCUCCUCCCAGACAUGGUGCACGCUGCAGCUGGUGAAUCAUCCCAGCAAGACCUGGCCAACAAUAUCAGCUCUGAGAUGCCUGAGAGUCAGAGUACAUCAAGUGAAGGUGAGGCCUGUUUUUCAGAGCAUCCUAACUUUGACAACAGGGUCGGGUGCGAAAAUGACUCAACAGAACCAGAAGACACUACCGGAGGCUUCAGUUCGAGUCCUCAUCUGAUGGUCGUGAAGAAGGAGGAAGAAGAGGAACCUUUGUGUGAAAAAGAAGGUGCUGAUCCAGUUUCUAGCUGUGAGAAUUGUACAAAACAGGAGGAAUCUGGAAAACGGCACCAAGGAAGCAACACCGAAAUUCAAAGCAUAGUUAAGGACGAAGACUACAAGCAUGUAAACGUGUCUGGUGAGGAUCCUGAUCCUGUGGCUAAGAGUGAAAAGGAGAAUCCUCCACCAUCGCCGGUGCAAGAACAGCUGCGUAUUCCGAGAAAGAGCUCGUACUGCUGUGGGCUUUGUGGAAGAGACUGUCACAAGAUGUCCGCCCUUCAGAUUCACAUGCGAAUCCACUCGGGAGAGAAACCGUAUCAGUGCAUGCUGUGCGGGAAGCAGUUCACCCAGAAAGGCCAACUGAAAGGUCACCUCAAAGUCCACACGGGAGAGAAACCGUUUUCAUGCCCUGACUGCGGGAAGAGCUUCGCCCACUCAGGAGCCAUGAACAGACACCGGCUCACGCACACGGGAGAGCGACCUUACCACUGCUCGGUGUGCCAGAGGAGCUUCAACCAGUCUGGCCGCUUGAGAGAGCAUGAGAAAAUCCAUUUCGGGGAGAAGUUCGACUGUCCAGCAUGCGAGAAGAGUUUCACGCGAGCAUCGAGCCUGAAGAACCACUUUAGGCUUCACACAGGAGAACGGCCUUACGGCUGUGACAUUUGUGGGAGGGGCUUCAGCCGUUCUCAAAGCCUGCGGCUCCACAGACGGAAGCAUGAGCAAAUUUGCACCGAGGACUCUGAAUUUAGAAUGAAGAAUGACGAUUUGUCGCAGAGCGAUGAUGCUUCUCCCGUUAACAUGUGUAUAACGGACCAGAAUGACUGACGUGUUGGUACGAAGUGCACACGUAGCCACGGCGACGCUAAGGACACCAACAUUUUAGGAAGUAAACUGACAAAGUACAGGACUACCUCUGAAGAUACUAAAUAUUAUUGUGGUGGUUCACCAGAAACGGUUCCAGCUAAAACCAGCUCAUGAUGGCAAGCAGGAAAGAAAAAUGUCCGUUUGUGUUGAGUAUGUAGUAAGAAUUUCAUACGUAGCCAAACAACUAUUUACCACAGAACCUUUG